AUGGACAGGAGUUCCAUGCCAGGUAUUGUACGCUGUCCCAGGCUGAGCGACGGCCUGCCUUCAGAGUGCACAAAAGGAAGAAAUAGUACUUGUAGCUACUGCAGCCUCUUCUGCGACCUCGUAGCCCGCCCUCAGGGUCGCAGCACUACACGGGGCAGAUCCCUCCGCGCCCCGCGGGCACCAGGUCGACGAGGGCGGGCCCGCCAAGGGGGCGGGGAAAAACGAAAAAGACAGGCGAGUCAGCAAAUCGAGACGCGGGCCACGAUCCGUCGGCCCAAUGGGCGCCGCGGAGGGCCCGGCUUAGUGGAGGAAGUGUCGGGGCGGACACGGGCGUUGUCCUUGGCUGACGAGAGUAUCGGGGUGCUGGCCUCUCUUCCUGGUGGCGCCUCUACUGUCUUCGGAAAGAUUCUCGGCAAGGCGUUUCUCUGGUAUCGUCAGCGACGAGGACUAGGAGCUUCUUGGGCAUGUAAUGAUUGUUGGUGACAUGUGUGUUGCUCACCUGGGCCUGACCAAUGGAUUCCGGAUGGUUGUGGAUGAAGGGCCCGAGGGUGGGCAGCCUGUCUAUCGCAUACAUCUACCCGUUCCGGGUGGCUGUCAGUUGGGCUGGCCGCCUGGCUAAGAUUUUGGCUCCGCAAGAGUUGCUGCACGUGUACAAAUCGCCACUGAAUGGAUUUCGUCUGUUGCCCAUCAAUCUAGCAGCUUUUGAUGAUGUGUAAUUUUUUUUUUUUUUUAAUUUUUUUUUGCCGUGUGUCUGUGGACGGUAAUAAAAGCUUUGAGCAGCAGUUGCACAAUAAAGAUUUGUCAUGGGGAUAUCA